AUGGAAAAUAAAAUGAAGUGCCAUAAAGGGGCGAAAGAAAAUAUAUUCCAUUUCCAAGUUAAAAUACCUCUAACAUUCUUCCUCAUUUGGAUAUUGAUUUGUUCGAACUCUACUAAGUACAACGAACUCCAUGAUAUGCCACAUAUUUUUGAAACAUCAGUGGCUCCAAGAUAUAAUAGAUCAUUAGCAGAACAUAUAAAACACACUGAAGAUGGAGCUAACAAAUCAAAAAGUAAAACUAAAACUACUACACCUCAGGGGGAUAAAGCAAAGGGACCCACGCACACCGGGCUAGAAGCUAAUAAGAAAACUGAUCGAACACCAAACAAGCCACCAGUUGUAACCAUUCCAGAUGAAAAAGGAUCUAAGAAUACAACAAAAAAGUCAAGAGGUCGUUUAUCGCAAAAUGUUCAAAAGCCUAGUGUACAAAAAGAGAGCACAGUACAAGAUGGAUUAACCAAGUCUACACAGAAGGGAAAUCAUGUGCGAGGAUCGAAAGUUAAUAAUAAAUCGAUCAAAUCAAAUGUUCAGUCUCCGAAGGGGUCUGGCUCCACUGUCAUAAAUGUUAGUAAAGAUGGAGUGAAAUCAGUAGACAGUUCUGCAGCGUUAUCCCCUCCUAAGAAACUAAAUGCCAAUAAUAAAAAAGAUGCAAUGCCCAAUUCUCCGAAUAAGAAAGUUUCUAGUUCCUCAGAAGUCAAUAAAAAAGGAGAAAAGACAACUAACUCAUCAAAGGGAUCCCCUCCUAAGAAACUAAAUGCCAAUAAUAAAAAAGAUGCAAUGCCCAAUUCUCCGAAUAAGAAAGUUUCUAGUUCCUCAGAAGUCAAUAAAAAAGGAGAAAAGACAACUAACUCAUCAAAGGGAUCCCCCCCUGACGCAUUAAAAGCCAAGAACAAACCAGCAAAUCAUUCUUCAGGAAAAGUGGAAGCAUCCAAAUUGCAGGAUUAUUCUAAGGAAGAUGAUGCAACCGCACAAAAGCUCAAUGAAUUACUCUAUAACCAGAAAGACAACAAAAGACCAGAACACUCAUCAAUGCAAGUAACACGGAAUCAAUUAAAUGAUAAAGAAGAAGUAAACAAACCAAAUAAUUAUCCAUUCAAAAAUACUCCCCCUAGUGGAUUAGUGGUAGGUAAAAGAUUAUGCCAAGCUGGUGAUCUUAGGUUGAAAAAUAAACUGUCCAGUGGACUGACAGGAAGCCAAGAAAACACGGAAUUGCAAGCAUAUCCUUUAAAAAAUGUUCCAAGGAGUGAUUUAGAAAAUAAGCCGAGAGAUUCAAAAAGCAUUGUGUUAAAAAACAUACCUUCUGAUGAACAACAAGAGAAUGAAAAAAAUGCCCCAAAUGAAAGUGCCCCAUUCCCAUCAAAUAAAGGCGAAUAUGAUAUAAAUGUACUCACAGGGGAAUUUGAUAAUAAAAAAUAUGUAACUAAAGUUUACCAUUUGAAAAAAGGCAAAUUUUAUAAGGAAAAUUUAGACGGAAUUAUUCAUGGAGUAAACGAUAAAUUAACUCUUGAAAUCCAAGAUUUUGAAUCAUAUGGCACAGCGGAAAACCCCUUCAAGAGUGAACUUCCCGAAUUAAAAGAAUAUAACGAAAGUAGUAACAUGUCAAAAGAUUAUCAACUGAAAAACGAACAACCUGAUUUAAAGAAAUAUGACGAGAGUAACAUAUCCAAUGAAGGCCAACAAGUGAACAAUCCAAAUAACUUAAAAGAAUAUAAUGAAAGUCACCUUGCAGGGGGAAAUCAAUUAAAACAUGAUGCACCUACAGGAUUAAAAGAAUUUGAAAAGCCGGACGAAACAAGGGAUUAUGGAUUAAAGGGGCAUACAGAUUCAGAAAUAGGAGAAUCAGAAUUAAAGGAACCAAAAAAUAAUAAUCAAUCAAGUAGUCAAGGAACGAAGGGAAAUAUAAAUGCCCAGUCUGACGGAACUGUAAGUACUCUAGCAAAGCCAAAUGAUACUAAUACGCAAGGUAAGAAAUAUGGAAUAUCAGGAAAUAUUCCCCCGGAUGUAGAUUCAAUCAAAAAAACUCUAGAAACUGUAGUCUGUGCCCUCAAGGAAAAUGAAGCAGGGGACUUAGUAGAAUAUAUCGAAACACAUACCACAAAACAUUAUGAAUUAAAAACAGAUGUAAAAGACGGAAUAAAGCAAUAUGAUGAAAAACUUGAAAAUGCGUCCUACGGAUUUAGAGAAAAGCUCCCAGUUAAGGAAGUGAAGGAGUACGAUGUAGUCGAAAGGGAAUUUAAAAAACCAAUAAAAGUUAAAAAAAAAGAAAAAAUUAAGCCUAUAAAACAUUACUCAUACACUUAUAAUGGAUUAUCACCUAAGUCGCGUUCAAAGAAUUAUGGAUUAUUAGAUCUUUUCUCCUUUACGUUUAAUAUUCUUAUGGAUCGUAAUGUAUACUUGGUAAAAAAAGAGCAUAUGUCUUUAUACAAAUUGGGCAAAAAAGCUAUGAGGGGUCAGUUAACCCAUGAAUUGAUGCACGAGUAUGUUACUCAUUGUGUGAAACAAAAAAAUGAAGGGAAAAAAAGUAAAAAAAUAGCAUAA